AUGAGGGCUGUUCAGGCCUGUUGGAUGGUGUUCUUCCUGUCGCUUCGGCUCGCAGUGUCAUCCAAGACGUGCUACACGCCAGCUGGCGAAGAUACGAAUGGCCCUUACUCUACCCCCCAGAACAGCACCUAUCAACCAUGUAACCCUACGGACGGUACAGUAUCAAUGUGCUGCGCCAGCUGGGACACAUGUAUGCCGAACGGUCUUUGCUGGAACGAGGCGUACCACAUCUGGUGGCGUGAAAGCUGUACCGAUCCAGACUUUACCGAUCCCAAUUGUGUGAAGUUGUACACCAACAUAACUGGAGGUACUGUCGCCGCCGCUGCUAGCCCUACUCCCACCGUUCCUGCGAGUGGCACGAGUUCGUUGACAACAACAACUACUCUCUCUUCCUCGAGUCCCACACCCUCGCCCAUCGCAUCAGAAGCUUCACAUUCGCUUUCUACUGGCGCCAAGGCAGGUAUAGGCAUUGCCACAGCUGCAGCUGUCUUGAUACUGCUCGGGCUGCUUUAUUUGUUUGUCCGUCAGAACAAACGCAAACGACUCCGAAACCGUCCUGAAAAUCUGCUUCCAGCGUCAAAGCUCGAUAGAGCAGAGAUUUUCUCCACUCCGGUGUUUGAGAAGGACGGCUCUCGCCUAAAAACGAGGGUGCCGGCGGAGAUGGAAGGAUGA